AUGAAGCAAUCUGUCGUCACCUCUCUGGUGGCCCUUGCGGCCUCCGUCUCCGGAGUCCAGGCCACCGAGAGCCUGAUUGACCUUCCCGUCAACCUGUGUGCUGCGGUCCUUGGCGAGGCUGAGUGCAACCAGAAGACCACCAGCUCUGAGGGUCUCGUCAGCGUUCCCCUCAAUGUCUGCGCCGCAGUCCUUGGCGAGGCUGAGUGCAAGCAGCUCCACGUUUCCUCCAAGCGUAGCGAGUCCUUGAUCAGCCUUCCCGUUAACCUGUGCGCCGCUGUCAUCGGCGAGGCUGAGUGCAACCAGAAGACCACUAGCCCCGAGGGGCUCAUCAGCGUUCCCCUCAAUGUCUGUGCUGCCGUCAUCGGUGAGGCUGAGUGCAAGCAGCUCCACGUUUCCUCCAAGCGUAGCGAGUCCUUGAUCAACAUUCCCGUUAAUCUGUGCGCCGCUGUCCUCGGCGAGGCUGAGUGCAAGCAGAAGACCACCACCUCCGAUGGUCUGAUCAGCGUUCCCGUCAACGCCUGUGCCGCCGUCCUCGGCGAGGCUGAGUGCAAGCAACUUCACGUUUCCUCCAAGCGCACCGAGUCCUUGAUCAGCAUUCCUGUCAACCUCUGCGCUGGUAUCCUCGGUGAGGCCGAGUGCAACCAGAAGUCCAGCUCCGGUGGUCUCAUCAGUGUUCCCGUCAACGCUUGUGUUGCCGCUCUUGGCAAGGCCAAGUGUGACCAGGUUUCCGGCUCUUCUUCCGGUAGCGACAGCGAGUCCCUGAUCAGCAUCCCCGUCAAUGCCUGUGCUGCCGUCCUCGGCGAAGCUGAGUGCAAGCAGAAGUCCAGCUCCAACGGCCUUAUCAGCGUUCCCGUCAACGCCUGUGUUGCCGCUCUUGGCAAGGCCAAGUGUGACCAGAUCACCGGCUCUUCUUCCACCGGCUCUUCUUCCACUGGCUCUUCCUCUACUGGCAGCAGCGGCAGCGGCUCCCUGAUCAGCAUCCCCGUCAAUGCCUGUGCUGCCGUCCUCGGCGAAGCUGAGUGCAAGCAGAAGUCCAGCUCCAACGGCCUUAUCAGCGUUCCCGUCAACGCCUGUGUUGCCGCUCUUGGCAAGGCCAAGUGUGACCAGAUCACCGGCUCUUCUUCCACCGGCUCUUCUUCCACUGGCUCUUCCUCUACUGGCAGCAGCGGCAGCGGCUCCCUGAUCAGCAUCCCCGUCAACGCCUGUGCUGCCGUUCUCGGCGAGGCUGAGUGCAAGCAGAAGUCCAGCUCCGGUGGUCUCAUCAGCGUUCCUGUCAACGCCUGUGUUGCCGCUCUCGGCAAGGCCAAGUGUGAUCAGAUCGCCGGCUCUUCUUCCACUGCCUCCUCCUCCGCUUCCACUUCUUCCUCCACUGGCAGCAGCGGUAGCGGCUCCCUGAUCAGCAUCCCCGUCGGUCUCUGCGCCGGUGUCCUUGGCGAGGCUGAGUGCAAGCAGAAGUCCAGCUCCGGUGGUCUCAUCAGCGUUCCUGUCAACGCUUGUGUCGCUGCUCUUGGUCAGGCCAAGUGUGAUCAGGCUAGCUCCUCUUCUUCCGGCAGCGGCAGCGAGACCCUCAUCAACGUUCCCAUCAACAUCUGCCUCGCUGUCCUCGGUGAGACCCACUGCAACCAGGAGUCCGACUCUUCCACCGGUCUGAUCAACAUCCCUAUCAACCUUUGCUUGGCUGUCCUCGGUGAGGCCGACUGCAACCAGGGAUCUACCACCACUGUCACCACCACCGCCCCCGCUGCCUCUUCUACCCCCUGUGACACCGAGACCUCCGAGAUCGUCAAGUCCACCGUCAUUCCCGGCCCCAGCGGCUCUGGUUCCAUCACCGUCUCCGUCCCUGCUACCCCCACCACCGCCCCCGCUGCCUCUUCGACCCCCUGUGACACCGAGACCUCCGAGAUCGUCAAGUCCACCGUCAUUCCCGGCCCCAGCGGCUCUGGUUCCAUCACCGUCACCGUCCCUGCCACCCCCACCGGUGACUCCCCCGUCGGAUCCUCCACCCCCGCUGCCUCUUCAACCCCCUGUGACACUGAGACCUCCGAGAUUGUUAAGUCCACCGUCAUCCCCGGCCCCAACGGUUCCGGCUCCAUGACUGUCUCCGUCCCCACCCAGCCUACUGGAGAGGCCACCACCCCCGCAUGGACUGCUCCCGCUGCCUCUUCCACCCCCUGUGACACCGAGACCUCCGAGAUCGUUCAGUCCACUGUCAUCCCCGGUGUUCCCGGUAGCUCCGCCUCCGAGACCGUCUCUGUCCCUGCCAAGCCCACUGGAGAGGCCACCACCCCCGCAUGGACUGCUCCCGCUGCCUCUUCCACCCCCUGUGACACCGAGACCUCCGAGAUCGUUCAGUCCACUGUCAUCCCCGGUGUUCCCGGUAGCUCCGCCUCCGAGACCGUCUCUGUCCCUGCCAAGCCUACCGGCGAGUCCCCCGUUGCGCCUUCCCAGGGUGCCACCACCCCCGCCUGGACCGCCCCCGCUGCUUCCUCCACUCCUUGCGACACCGAGACCUCCGAGGCUGUCCAGUCCACCGUGAUCCCCGGCGGCCCCAUCGGUGCCACUACCCCCGCCUGGACCGCCCCUGCUGCCACUGGCUCCGUUGUCCCCUCCGGUGGUGUCGGCCCCAAGCCCUCCGGUGCCAUGACCUUCAGCACUGCGACUUACUACUCGACCGUCAGCGUCUGCAACGCCGCUUGCUCCGGCUCCAAGACUGCCUCCAUGCACCACGUGAAGCCCACCUCCGCCGCCAGCUCCUCCACCCCCGUUGCACCCUCCGCUCCCGCUGGCACCGCUGCUCCCUCCUCUCCUUCCUCCCCCUCUUCUCCCUCUUCCCCCUCCGGAGCCAGCGCCAACUCCCCCAGUGCUAGCCCUGCUUUCAACGCUGCUGGCCGCGCCACCAUGUCUGGCUUCGCUGUCGUCUUCGGUGCCGUCAUUGCUGCUGCCAUGCAGUUUUAA